AAAUAUUUGGAUUUUCUGACUCUCCAUGUUCGCCGGACUGCUGAUCACUUUGUAUAUCACUGCAGUCGUUAACAAAGUGAGAACUUGCUCGCAGAAGAUGGGCAAGCUGCAUAUCUACUGUGAUUAGCUGGCUUUGAUUGGUUCUGCAUAAAGUCUGGAAUGGUGAAGCGUUCGGGGAGAGGUCCUGCGACCGAUAACUCAUCUCCAGCGCCGGCGACGGCAAUAGCGAGAUCCCGUGCGUCUGGUCAGCGGCAGCGGCGUGAUACUGUAUCACCAUCGGGACCAUCACUAUUACUUUCUAAACGGGUGCUGCCUUCAGCUAACAGGCAGGAACUCGAGACAGAGGAUGUGUAUGAUGUACUUUCGGUGGCUAGCAAUUCACCUUCGGCGAUCUCGAUUUCAUCGGGAGGUGAUGCUGAGCAAGAGAUUUCUGGCACAGUAUCUGCCUCCGCGUCUCAGCCAAGGAAGAGAAACGGCGGCGUCGCAAAAAGUCGGGCGCCAACUACCGCUAAUUCGCGGUCGGCGCCGUCGUCCAACGGAGCGCUGGAAUUAACAAGAAAGAGAAAAGUCCCGACGGCUUAUGCACAAAUGUUGAACGAAAUAGUCGGCGACGAAGUUAGUGAUGACGAAGACGAUGUCGACGAUACGCUACCUCGAGGCCGCAAACGACCAUCCCAUCCAGCCUCCACUGCUCGUUCUCCCAAUCGCAAGACACCGAAGAUCAAAACCGAUACACCGGGGUGGGGACCUAAAGGAAAAGGCAAAGCCAGAGAAUCAGCGAUAGAGAUAGAUUCUGAUUCGGGAUCGGCCGGGGAUAGCGCGCAAGGGCCGAGACUGAUGGCGCCGAUAUCGAGUGAAAGCGCUGCCUAUCUGGCGAGCUCGUUUGCCGGAAUGUCAGACGAUGAUUCUGAUGAUGAGAAGGAUGGAACAGGGAAUGAAGCACAUGCGUCUAGCUCGAAUAACAAGAGCGGCCAAUCUGGAUCUGCCGAAGACGAUGAUAUGGACGAUGGCGAUGACUCGGACGAUGAUAUGGAGUGGGAGAAUGUGGAAAUCGAUGUCCCCCCUCUUGAUUCCGCAGCGCCAGCGUCAGAGGAACCAGCACAAGAGAUCAAAGCUGUCGAGUUUACGAUUGGUGAAACGACACCGACGAGAUCUAAACGAAAGAAACCGACAAUCACAAAAGAAGAUCGCGAGCAGAGGAUGCUGACGCAUAUGCUCCACCUCGUGUGUUUGAUCUGCCAUGGGUCUACCAGGAGCCGCUGGUGCAAUGAUGCCUCGGUGAAGGAUACGGUCUCCAAAUUUGUGCCUGAUGGUAUAGAGGACGAACUAAAACCAGACCCAACCCUCCCCGUCACUCAGCGAACUCGCAAGUUCUUGGAUGGCUUACGGCACUUGAUGGAAUUCUGGAACCGGAGGUACCACAUCGUCUACAAAGGAAUUCGCAAAAGGACGUACGAGGAGCUUGAGAACAUCAAGAAGGAGAAAGGAAACGAGCCAGCGCUGGAGCUGAGUGACUUUCGGCGCUCGCUCGCACGUUUAGAAGGCUCUCGCGAUCUCGGAGCACAGGGAUUUUGCGCUCUCUUACGGGCAUUCAGGGUCCGUACCCGGUUGGUGUUUUCUCUUCAGCCACUUCCGUUUACGUUUUCGACGAAGAGUGCUCAGACGAAGGCGAGCCGCGCAUCUAAAGCUAUAAGGAUGGACCUGAACGAUGAGCGCAGUAGUGAUUUCGACAGCGAGUCGUCGGUGCCAAAGAGACCGCCUGUCCGACUUCGGAAGCCACGACUUGGCACGCCGACGUUGACAUACACCACUAAUGACUAUGAGUCUUCUCAAUUUGACGAGGCGCCGUAUCCUGUGUUUUGGGUGGAAGCCUGGGACGAGGCGGGGCUGCAAUGGGUAUCCGUAGAUCCCAUGGUGCUCAAGUUGGUCGAGAUUCCUCGCUCGAAGAGUAAAUUCGAGCCUCCGCAGUCCGAGGCAAGGAAUGUGCUGUCGUAUGCGAUCGCGUUUGAUCAGGCUGGGCAUGCAAAGGACGUAACGCGUCGGUAUGCGCAGUACUACAAUGCAAAGACUCGCAAGUUGAGGAUCACGAACGAGCCGAGUGGGCAGAUAUGGUUUGAUCAGAUGCUGAGAUGCUUUCAGACUGAUUAUCUAACGAGUAUCGAUCAGAUGGAAGACGCAGCUUUGCUCAAAAAGGAGCUUUCAGAAGAUAUACCAAACAACAUCCAGGAUUUCAGAGGGCACCCAGUUUAUGUCCUCGAGCGCCAUCUUCACAAGAACGAGAUUAUCCAUCCAAAAGUAGCGUGUGGCACGAUCGCUGUCGGGCGCAGCAAAAACAGCGAGACAGAGCCGAUCUAUCGCCGCCGCGAUGUGCAGACGCUACGGUCCGCGAUGCAAUGGUACAAGAUCGGACGGGUGGUGAAAGUAGGCGAGCAGCCGCUGAAACACACAAAGAAGCGAACGCUGCCAAAGUCGCGGUCGGCGAUGCUCGACAGCGACUAUGAAGACGGGGCGGGAGAGGAGGAGGACGAGGAGGUCGCGCUGUAUGCGCACAUCCAGACGGACAUUUAUGUGCCGCCUCCUGUUUUGAAUGGGAAGAUUCCUCGGAACGAUUACGGCAACUUGGACGUGUUUGUGCCGUCGAUGGUGCCUAAAGGAGCGGUUCAUCUGCGCCAGCGGGGGAUUGCUAAUGCCGUCAAGGUACUUGAGAUCGACUACGCGGACGCGGUGGGAGGCUUUGAUUUUCAGAACCGCAAGGCAACGCCGCGGUUGGACGGUAUCGUUGUAGCGGAAGAGUACGAGGAAGCGGUAAUGGCUGUCUACAGAGCGCAGCAGGAACAGUUGGAGUUUGAAGCAGAUCAGAAGAAGCUCAACCUGGCUCUGGAAAGAUGGCGCAGGUAUCUCAAAGCUCUACGGAUCAAAGAACGACUUGCGCAUAACCCGGGUUUCAAGGACCUGCAUCAGAAGGAGAAAGAACAAGCUGAAGAGAACGAAGCUAAGGGCAGAGAACAGGUGGGCGAAGAAGUCGCGCCGAAUGAGCCGAACGAGGAGCGGGACACUAUUCCAGACAACGGCGAUGACGACUCCGAUGGAGGCGGAUUCAUUGCUGAUGAUACAGAUCAGAGAGCAGAAGAUGACGACGACGACGGCGGCGGAGGGUUUAUUGCAGGCGACGAUGCCGAGGACGACGGCGGCUUUGCGCCCGAUAUGGAUGACUACGAUUUUGACGAAGGAGACGAAGGGCUGUACGAUUGAGCAGGUUUAUAAAGUUUUUUUACUCUUUGCUAUUCUUUUCUGAGAAGCAUUGUCGAGGUGACAAUAGGACACCGCGAAGCAUUGUGGCGUCUGGAUAGGUUUGUGAGUAGUCGUGGAUUGUAUGUAGAUCGAGACCGAGAGGUGCCGAGGAAGACCGCCUCAGACACCGCCGCGACAGAGCAGCGGUCGCCACCUGCGACGACAACACCGCUGCGGACCCACACAUGACAUGUCUCGUGUCUUCAUUGAAUUAACCAAGAAUUCUACAACAGCAACUCCGGACAACCCGGAACAAGGCAGAGCAGAAGUCGGUGAAAUCCACGUGCCGCUGCGAGCCGGAUAGCUUGGCUGGGGUUAGGGGUCAGGAUUGCGGUUGGCGGCAGCGUCCCCGCCACCUCCCGGAGACCGUGACGUCUACGGCGAGGACUUAUUAGAAGAUAGAAUUCCAUUACGUUCAGCAAGCCUCAGAAUUGUCGUCGAGCCAGCGUUUGUGUACA